AUGACCGGGUUGAAGUUAAAAUCCCGGUCAUACGCGCAUGCUGUGACCGCAGACAGCGAGGACAGAGCCGGCGAGCUGGAGAUGAGCUCUGUGGAACAACAAGUGGCAGCUUUUCUCACAACCAGAGACAUUAAUCUGGACGUGGAUACCAUCGAGGCUUGCCACCCACUGCCAGAUAGGGACAACAACACGCCAGCUGUGAUCUUGAGAGCUGGACACAGCCGAAUCCUCUCGGUGUGCGACAGGAACCCGGGAACAGGUGCUCUCCUGCUGUGCGCGGAUCAUCCAGCAAAAACAAAGAAGGCAGCCUUUGAAAGCAGACAGACAAGAUUCUUGCAGAGUCCUGAUGGCAUCUUGAGCUGCUGUGAUUGGUUGUUGGUGCUUCUCUCCUACCUCAUGUUGCUGUUCACUCUGCCCCUCUCCAUAUGGAGGUGCUUUAAGGUCAUUCACACGUACGAGCGGGCCGUGAUCUAUCGCCUGGGACGCGUUUGGCGAGGAGGAAACAGAGGACCAGGGUUGGUCUUCGUCCUGCCGUGGACGGACACGUUGAUGAGAGUCGACAUCCGCACCAUCACCUUCAACAUCCCACCACAGGAGGUUGUGACUGAAGAUCUUGUCCGGGUGUGGACUGAUGGUGUGAUCUGCUACCGGGUCCAGAACGCCGCCAAGUGUGUGACCAAUGUCAGCGACGUGCACGUGGCGAUCCGGCUGUUGGCUCAGACUGCUGUGAGGAAGGUCCUGAGCACAGUGAGCCUGCGUGACAUCCUGUCAGAGCAGGAAGAGGUCACCUCCAUCAUACAGUCCACUCUGGAGGCCACCAUGGAGGACUGGGGGAUCCAGAUCCAGCAGGUGGAGAUCAGGAUGUCCAACUGUCCCCAGCAGCUGCACAACUCUGUGGCAGACAAGGUAAAGUGUUCAAGUCCCAUCAAAUAUCACAACAUUCCUGUGGCGGCUGUAGAGGGACACCUGAACUCACCGCUGAUGCAGAAGGAGGCGGCUGUGACUGGAGAGACUGCAGCAGCACCGAGGCUGCGCUACCUGCAGACCCUCCAAAACAGCAGUUUCUUUGGUGGACUUGUCGCUCGGGGGGAGUAUAGAAGUGCAAUGUCCACACAUGGCACAGCUUAUGCUCCCCCACCUGUACCCAGUAACGCCUGCCAUGUUAGACUGCCAGUCUGA